GAGAGGGGGCGGAGUCAGAGCCGGCGAGGAGCACAACAAGCCACCCCCACUCCGAUCUCAAAGUCUCGCGAGAGGAGGAGGUAGUGGCGGGUUUUGGCGCCAACGGCAAACGGGUGGUCGCCAUGGAAAGCGCCGCCGAGAUGGAGGGCCCCUCGGAGAGGACGGUGGCCGUGAAGAGCGCGAACCUGCCUUGGGUGGAAAAAUACCGGCCUCAGACGUUAAAUGAUCUGAUUUCUCAUCAGGACAUUCUGAGUACCAUUCAGAAGUUCAUCAGCGAAGAUCGGUUGCCUCAUCUUCUCUUCUAUGGGCCUCCGGGGACUGGCAAGACUUCCACCAUUUUGGCUUGUGCUAAACAACUUUACAAAGACAAGGAAUUCAACUCCAUGGUUCUAGAGCUGAAUGCUUCAGAUGACCGAGGCAUCGGCAUUGUCAGAGGACCUAUCCUGAGCUUUGCCAGCACAAGGACCAUCUUUAAGAAAGGCUUUAAACUGGUGAUUCUGGAUGAAGCAGAUGCCAUGACGCAGGAAGCACAGAAUGCUCUCAGGCGGGUAAUAGAAAAAUUCACCGAAAAUACCCGGUUUUGCCUGAUCUGCAACUAUCUCUCCAAGAUCAUCCCGGCCUUACAGUCUAGGUGCACCAGAUUCCGCUUCGGUCCUUUGACACCAGAGCUUAUGGUUCCCCGGUUGAAGCAUGUCAUUGAGAGUGAGAAAGUUGAUGUAAGUGAUGAUGGAAUGAAGGCACUGGUGACGCUGUCAAACGGUGACAUGCGCCGGUCUCUGAACAUUUUACAGAGCACAAACAUGGCCUUUGGAAAGGUGACUGAGGAGACAGUCUACACCUGCACCGGGCAGCCACUCAAGUCGGACAUUGCUAACAUCCUCGACUGGAUGCUGAACCAAGAUUUCACUGCUGCCUAUCACAAUAUUAUGGAGCUGAAGACAUUGAAGGGCUUGGCACUGCAUGAUAUUCUGACAGAAAUCCACCUGUUUGUCCACCGAGUUGACUUCCCACCAUCUGUUCGAAUCCAGUUGCUGAUCAAGAUGGCAGAUAUUGAGCAUCGCCUAGCUGCGGGGACAAGUGAGAAGAUCCAGCUGGGGGCUCUUGUGGGUGCUUUCCAGGUCACCAGAGACCUCAUUGCAGCAGAAGCGUAAUCAAGCUCUUUGCAGUGCUUUGCACUUGCCAUAGCAACUGGCGGACUGCAACUCCCAGCAUUCUCCUCUAUAGGCAUUUCUGGUGAAGACUAUGGCCCAACAGCAUCUAGAACGCUGAAAUGAAAGCAUCUGUGGACUAUAGUGAUCAGCAACUUCCCUUUUGAUGCAACUAGUGGACUGAACCAAAUGGCAGGCCUGUGUUAACAUUGCUCUGCCCAGCCUUCCAGCAGUGGUUUGAAUGUUUAAGCUCUGCUUGCCAGAAUGUAGACUUAAAAACUCUUGCUUCUUUGCAUAUGGCCACUCUCCAGCUUCCUUCAUCUCAUUUAAGACCUGGAGACGGUCCUUUUUUAGAGCUAUAGCUCCUGCGCUGUCAGUGUAACAUUUUCAGCCUCUGCUGUUUGUCUUGAUAGUCUCUUGAUAGUGUGAACAAAACUAAAAUGGACUCUCACCUUGGAAGAGAUCUCUUCAGGACUGUCUUUUUAGAUUAGAUUAGUUUAGGUACCCAGCAAUGCUCAGGCUAUGGAUUAUAUUAAAGACAAAUAGUAGUCAUUGUUUGGUUAUGAAUGGUCCCAUUAGAAAAUGCAUAGGGAUGUGAAUGAACUAAAACUCCCAUCAUCAUCGGUCAUUGCCCCCAAACUACACCAGUACUUCAAAGUUGUAAAAGUCGGCCCUACCCCCAGAGGCCAUGGGUUCAGAGCAGUAAGAAAAAAAAGUUUGUUUUUCUGUUGGAAAGUUUGGAGUGUUUGUCAUGUCUUGGAGGCUGAUUAUCAGCCAUUGGAGUCUUUCCGGUACUGUACUGUCCCUUUCAUAAACACCUUAAUUUUCAAGAUCUGGUUCAGGGGGCUCAUAAUAAUGUGACAAUAAAGUGAUGUAUGAAAGAG